UGGGAAUGAGUAAUGUGUAUGAUAGUGGACGCCAUUUUGAAUUUAUGCUUCUACUUCAAAUUCAAAUCUGUUGUCACAUAUUUUUUUAAUUUAACCAAAAAAUCACAUAAGCACGUCUUGUGCAUGGUUUAUUAUCUGGUUUGGGCCUAGAGGAUAAUAAAAACAUGGGUCGUCGAUCUGUGAAUACCACAAAAAGUGGUAAAUUUAUGAAUCCUACAGACCAAGCCAGAAAGGAAGCAAGAAAGAAAGAACUUAAAAAGAACAAGAAACAACGAAAGAUGGUCCGAGAACAUGUUUUAAAGGGAAAAGACCCAAAUCAGAUUUUGGAGGAAAUUGAAAAACUUGAUGAACUAGAAAUUCAGAAUGGUCCUGUUCCUUUGCCAAAUGAUAAAGCAAUCAAAGAGAAGAAAAGGAAAUUAAGAGAAACACUUGAUCGGUUGUUGUCUGUCUAUGAACGAGAUGAUCCUGCUCGAGUUAUUGAAAUAAAAAGAGUUCUAGCUGAAUCAGAGAAAAGACGUGCUAAGCUAAUGAUAAAUGCUUAUGAAGAUAACCUUAAAAGUUCUACCAAGAGUGAUGGUUUUGCCAUAGCAGACAUACCUAUGCCAGAGGCCAUUCCUACACCUGUUGGUGCGCUCUCUCCAGGAAAUAUACCAUUACCUGGAACACAACCAUAUGGAGGAUUCCAGAUAAUACCACCAGGUCCCCCUUCCACCCUCCCCCCAAACCUUGCACCUCCUGGUCCCCCUCCCGGUCCACCACCAAAAGAGGCGUUCCGUUUCAACAAUGUCAAAUACAUUCCUGCUGAUGGAAAGCAGCAAGUUGGUCAGGCUUCGACACAAGACGAUGAUGAUGCAAGCACAGGAGAAAGCGAAGGUAUGGACACUGAUGAAGAAUAUCUUGCACCCCCCGGUGAAGAGGAAAAGGAAGAAAAAACAAUUGAAGGAAAAAGUGAAAGACAUGUACGGUUUGACAGUGAGAAAGAUGAUAACGUUGGCGGGGAAAAUAGGAAGGAGGCAAAGUCUCUUCAAGAUCGAUUGUUGAUGUUGGCUGGACAAGCAAAGAACGACGAACAAGAACUAGAAGAAAAAAGUCAAGAAAGACCUUCAAAUCCACCUGCACCACCACAAUCAGGUAUGGUUCCCCCCGGUCCUCCUCCCGGUUUACCAAGACAACCUCGUCCAGCUCAUUUGAUGAACUUCAACCAACGACCUAUGAUGAGAAUGAUGCCACCUGGACCACCACCUGGUCGACCCCCGGGAAUGCCAUCUGGUAUGCCACCACGUGGAAUGCCCCCUCGUCCUCCUCCUGGCUUACCCCCUGGUGUGCGUGGACCUAUGCCUCCUGGGCAACGCCCUAUGAUGCCUCUGCCCCCUAGGCACCCUCCUCCAGGUCUUAUGAACCUACCUCCUACCAGACCUCCGAUGCCACCUCCUGGUGCUGUUCUUUCAGCUCCGCCUUCCGUGAUAAAACCAGCAGCUUCAAGUUCAGAAACAAAUGAUCCAAAAGGAGAAGCUAUCAUAAGCGCGAAGCCUCAACUACGAAAUACUCAAGCUGAACUAACCCGACUGGUUCCGGUUACGUUACGAGUAAAACGCGAGCAACCGAAGACUAAUAAACAGAAAGUCAAGACUGCAAUUGCCGAAGAAACAUUUCGAACUCCUUCAACAACCGGAGCGUCGGUUCCUCUUGGUCAAGUGGUUCAUGCACCCACUAAAGACGAUGCGUACGCACAAUUUAUGAAAGAAAUGGAAGUCUUGUUGUAAAUAGUCCGUCUUAUUAGAAUAAAAUUUUAUAAACAUUUUGCUGCAAACUUUA